CUCUCAUCUCCUUCCUAACAACAGAAUGGCCUCCUCACUUCUCUCUAAAACGUCUUGCCUCUCCCCACUCACUCUCCUCAUCCUCCACUUCUUCUGCAGCUCGGCUUUGGCACAAAAACCGGGCCACUUACCAAGAAACGAACCUCUCAAGUUCGAUUUUGAACCUCCCAUCAUCGGUUUCGGUAAUGAGAAGGUGACCCACCUCCACUUCUACUUCCACGACAUCGUUAGCUGCCCAAAACCGACAGCCAUACAAGUAGCAAGAGCGGACUCCACCAAUAAGUCGGCCACUGGGUUCGGAGCGAUCGUGAUGAUCGAUGAUCCCCUUACAGAGGGACCUGAGGUGUCCUCUAAGCUGAUAGGGAGGGCUCAAGGGAUAUAUGCCUUGGCUGCUCAAGAAGAAGUUGGCCUCCUGAUGACUCUCAAUUAUGUGUUUGUCGAGGGAAAGUACAAGGGUAGCACCCUUAGCGUUCUUGGCCGUAAUGCGGUGUUUAGUGGUGUGAGGGAGAUGGCCAUUGUUGGCGGAGGUGGAGCUUUUAGACUGGCUCGCGGUUAUGCCUUGGCCAAGACCCAUACCUUUAAUUCGAGUACUGGUGAUGCUGUCGUCGAGUACAAUGUAGUGGUUCUGCAUUAUUGUAGAACUUGAUUUUCUCUUUACCCUAUUUUUUUUUUUUAAUCAUAUAUUGAAAGGUGUACCCCGUGAGAGGCUUUGAUGAUAAUGCUCUUGCGUUAUGUUUCACAUAAUAUACGUAUUUUUGU